AUGCCAAUCUACACCCACCCCUUAGACGGGUCCCCGAAAUUCCCUACAAAUUAUCUUUCAGACACAGAAGCUGCACUUCGCACCCUCUCGUCUCGAUAUCGUGAACAGUCAAACUGGACCAAUACUCUCACAAACAGUAAAGAUCUUGCAGAAUGGGUCAAGAACUCAAAACCCAAAGUGACGUUGGUUCGAACUAGUGAUGUUGAUUUUUUGUUCCAAGAACUAGUAGGUUAUAAAAAGUAUGUUGAGAAGUUGGAGAAGACUUGGAAGGGGCUGGGACCAGAUGUUGAUGCUGUUUGGAGGAUGGACGGGUUGCUCGAUAAAACUUGGAAGAAGAGGUUGGUGGAUGCGGCUGCCACCCUCGCAGAAGUUCCAAACAAAAACAGAGGCUGGCCAGCUAACUCCCCAAAAGAGCAAAUUCGAGAUCUCCUCGAUCCGUUCAUGUAUGCUUUCGUCUAUAACGAAACCUUCGCCUUAAAAAACGGCGAAUUCAGCCAACUACCACCCCGUUUACCCAACGAACCAGAUUUGGAACAGUAUGACCACACAGGCUACUGGCUACCCUCAGAGUUCAUAAUCUCAGAACAAGGAACUUCCACAAAAAUCUCCUCGUACAUCAAUAACCUAACACUACCAGGUCAGGAUGUCUUGUUCCAUCCAAUCCUCGAAAAGACUUUUACACAAAUGCUACCGCUUUUUGAUCAUGCCCUGGCGGACCUAGCAGGGGGCGGGUGUUUAAGAAACAGGAGCACCAGAACGGCUUCCUAUACUAUUGGGGAAGAUGACUAUAUCGGAGACUACUAUUCUGGUAACGAAGGUCAACCUGGCAACGCGUGGACUCCGCCCAAGAUGGUAGCGUCGAGAAUGCUACGGGGUAAAACCGUCAAGGUUAUUGUUAGGAUGUUGGAAGUGGGAUUGUCACCGAGCAAUCCUAUAUACCAGAAUCCAGACCCAGAAAUUGAUGGCAUGGCGAAUGAACGCAUUAUUGCGACGGGGAUGUACCUCUACGCGCAACAAAACGUGACAAACGUUUCGAUUGAAUUCAAACAUAGAGAUUUUUACCCUGACAGGGAAGAGAUGAGAAGAGUACGUGACUCUGAAGGUCUACUUUGCAGGAGAGAUGUCGGCACUACUUCCAUGAAAGAAAACCGGGCCAUCGUGUUCCCAAAUGUCUACGAAAGAUAUAUUCUUCCCUUCAAGUUACAGAACAAACAAAGAGACGGAUUUGUAAAGAUCUUGUGUUUCCAUUUAUGCGAUCCCACUGAUAAGGAAACCAAUCAAAAGCUCCAAACUACUCGUACCGUUCCUCCUCAACAACCAGGACAAUUUGAAAGCAUGAUUCGCAACACUAGACGGCUAGGGAAUCUCCCGGAAGAUGUAUUCCAAUCAAUCUUGGGGUAUUGUAUUGGGACCAUCAUGCCUAUGAAAAAAGCUAUGGAAUACAAAGAAACUAUGGUCGAUGACAGGGGGUCUACGAUGCUAUUCGGGGUCAACUAUGACGACGAUGAUAAAUAUGACGAAAUUAUCGAAAACGAUUACGACGAGUAUGGCGAUGGCGAUUUCGACGACUGGUUCUAA